AUGUCAGCGCUGCCGUCUGACGCGGACGAGCAGAUUGCCGAAGGGCUCACCCAUACAUCGCACGCCGUUCCAUUAUAUCAAUACGAGCCCUUGGAAAAGAACUGCAUUCGCGUGGUCGACCUUCAGCCAGCUCAAACUUCAGUGGAGCAGCUGCGAUGCAGAUUUGUCAACGUCGACUUGGACAAGGACGACAUUCCCUACGAGUGUAUCUCGUACACAUGGGGGGCUCCGGACUUCGAUCAUGCUGUCUCCAUCAUCUCGAAAGAGACGCCCUGCAAUAUUCGGAUCACUGAAAAUCUGGCUGAUGCUUUGCGUCGGUUCCGCUUGACUGAUCGCCCGCGCCGUCUCUGGGCCGAUGCUAUCUGCAUCAACCAGGAAGAUGACGGUGAAAAGAGCACCCAGAUCCCGCUUAUGGGGAAUAUCUUCCACGGGGCCUUAGGCGUCUUGGUCUGGCUAGGCUCCAGUCAUGCCGAGCAGCUGGCGCGGCUGCGUUCCCUAUCGCGACGCACUAUCACUCGAGUCGAAUCAUUAUCAAUGCGAGACAUGGAGUCGGUCACGGAUUCGUUCGAGAAGCUCCUGGCUCUUCCGUGGUUUACGAGGCGCUGGGUCAUUCAGGAGGUCGUCCUGAACCCCAACGUCUUCUUCUUUUGCGGCACCGUGGAGCUGCCCUGGAUAGCGUUCCACUCAUGCCUGGUGAAAACGACAUUUCCCGAAUCCACAGCGCUGAGAAUCCUCCGGGCGGUCAGGUCCAUGAAGACCAUGUUUGAGCUAUGGAAAGGCUGGGCGUUGCCGCGGUCGGAGCCACAGGCAGUGGCUAGCUCCAUCGGCCGGAUUCUGCACAUCUUCGACGCCUAUGAGUGUGCGGACGGCAGAGACCGUCUGUACUCGGUGGCCGCGCUGGCCAGCAACGUUAAUGUCCAUCUUAGCGGCACGACAUCGGCUUCAUUGAAGCAAGAUCUCCGUGGAGAUGCGUUGUCUAUUUCCGUCAACUACUCACGCAGCCUUGAAGAGGUGUACAUCGACUUUGCCGAAGAAGCCGUUGGGAAGGGACAUCUCUUCUGGUUGUUGUGUAUGGUAUCGUCUCGCAAACAGAUGGACCCCUCAAAACCUAGAGCUGAAGGCUUGCCUUCUUGGGUGCCUGACUGGCGGAUUGGGCGUACUCACCCGUACCGCGAAAUGCCGCUUGUCCCAUUAUCUUCUGUCCAAUAUGAACACACAUUAUCGGCACACAGGAUCGAAGUGCCCAUCAACAUAUGGCUGGCAGAUGAAGACUCCCCAAACCAUGCAAAGCGAGAACUUCCUCGCAUUCACUGGCGAUCUACAUGCUUCCCGGCAAACAAGCCGGUCUUGGAAAUGAUUGCCUGGUUUCGGGAUAUAGCGCGUACCUUGUGCCAAUACGUAAUCGAGGGUAUCCCGCCACCCAUUGGAGAUUCCAUUUAUAUUCGCAGAGCCAUGUAUCUCUCCAAGGAGGCGCUGGAAAAGCUUUUCGAUUCAGUCCAACCAUUCUCGGAAUUGGAUAUACGGUCUUUUCUUCGGGGCAUCAAACCCAGCAAUGUCAUUGACACAAAGCAUCAACCAGUUAACACCCCCGGCCCCACUCCCACUGAUCAGCGCGAGCUCCCUAGUUUUAUGUCUGCGUAUAAUGCGGAGGACCUAGAUCAUAUAUCCGAGAUAAUGUCCGGUCCGGCAGCGGACCUGUGUCUGUUUAUAAGCGAACCAUUGGUGGUGCCGUCUCCCGGCAAGCCGGGUCCGCGGCUCAUCGGCAUUGGGCCCAACACGCUGGAGGUUGCUGACAGCGUAGUCUGGCUUUCUGCAGUGAAUCCAAAUGUCGGUAUGAAAACCCCGCAGGAUACACUGUUCGUCUUCCGCGACGCCGCGGUGAGGUCGGACGUACCGGAUAGGCCAGCCUUGCGUUUUGUGGACAACGCCUCGGGGUUCGGCUUUCAUUGGGACCCGCAGGAGAAGUUGACCGACCCCAGUGCCGUCAACUUCGAGUACGCCCAGGCGGGAGCUUCGAAGCGCACGGAGCGUUGCCAGUUUACGUUUCUUGUACGAUAG